GGGGGGGGGGUGAUACCGGAACUUGACUCCCACGAAGCCACACCCGCGAAUCCAGAGCCAGUGACGUCGCGCUUCGCGCCGUGGCAUGCCUGCGGCCCCGAUUAUGCCUCCUACUCAAAGGGGAAUGAAGCGUACUGCAGACCUGCAUCUGGCCGAUGUCACCUGCCGUCUAGCACCGGGAGACGAGGACACAGACGCCGCAUUGAAGCAGUGGGAGGAGACAUUUGGAAUCCCAGGGGGCCCUGGACACCUGCAAUUCACGAAUGCACGUAUGCGCUUCUUGCCGGGGAUGGAGGGGAAGAGUGAAGGAUUCACGGAUGUUUCCAUAGCAGUACGCGGGGAGGAGAGGCACAAAGGCAUAUUCGAUAGGGCGAGAGAAGUCGGCCUCCCUUCUGGGGAUGGAUGGGUUGAAAUGCUUGGAUGUCGGUGGCAUUUUGUCUCGGCGAGUGGGACGAGGGAGGAUGUGAGUAAGUUAUAGAGGAACCUACAAAGGGCAAUCAAUGCCUCAAUCUUUCGAGAUAAGUCGUUUGUUCAGAGGAAUACUUUCUUUUUUGAUUCGGUGGGUCUGGAUUAAUAUUUGGAACGAUAAAAAACGGGAAAAUGAGCCAAAAGUCCAGGGUCGCAGAAUCGCAGAAUCGCGAAACAGGGUUGAUCAACCAUCUUCUCCUGCAAACAGCAACGGCAUUUGAACUUCAUCCUUUUCGACCAAAAAUUAGACAAUGGGCAAGCAAGCUCAUCUAAUAUGUUAAAUAUGGUAAGAGCGGCGUUUGAUAUUCCACCAUAAAAAGAAUGCUAUUUGUGAAUCCUCGACUGGUGAUAUCAAACAUUUUACCUGCUGCUUGUUAACCGGAAACAGACGAACAGACAACAGACAAACAAACAAAUCAUCCAGCUCCUUCAUAAUCUUGAAGUAUGGCCAACAGAUGAUAAAUCACCUCGCUUCAUGUUUCAUUACAAGCGAUUGGACAAGGCCGUCUAUCGGACUGUACAUAAAAAGAAGUUACUUAGUCUCUAAUUCUAUCUAUUCUAGCUUUUUCUCG